AUGUCCAACAUACCAAUGACUAACUUAAAUGAAUAUCAGGAGAAUAAUAUUUGUAUUAUGUGUUUGGGAUCAUUUGGCAUCAUCGAUGAGACUAUACCACGUCAAUGUAUUAAUGAUAAAUGUCGUCAAAAAUUUUGCUCGAAAUGUGUAAAUCAUAUUCGCAUUUAUAAUGGCAACAAUCGACCUUUUCAAUGUAUGUACUGUUUAAAAGAAUAUCCAAUUAAUUCUUAUCCAGAAGAAAACAACAUAUUAAAACAACAAAUAUGGAAUGAUAAGGUUAAUAAAUAUGGUAUUGAACGUACAAAACAUUUACUUACAACAAACUGUGAUCCAAAAGAAUUACAUUUUGAUAUUGAUUGUCGACGACGACAAUUAUUAAAUCUAUUUUCAACACAUAAACGUAUUUGUAAACAGACACAUGCAAAUGAGACAGACACAGAAAUUGAAAAUAUGAUUAAUCAACUUUCAAAUAUUACUCUUCAUUCAAAGUCUCAUGCCAGCAACAGUAUAGAACUGUAUAAAAUGCUUUAUAGACAAGCUAUAUCUUUACCUGAUUCUGAUGAUAUCGGUUCUCUUUACAUUCGUCUUUGUGAACAAUUGUCCGUCGAUAUUUCCAAUGAUGAAUUUUCUAGUAUCUUUCCCAAUACUCAUAAAAAAAUGAACGAUUGGAUGUUUGAACAAGAAGUCGGUGAAGAAUUUCAUCCGAAACUUUUUCAUGUUAUCGAUGUGAUCGAACAAGAUAUAGUUUCUCAAUGGUCGAAUCCUUCUGUUACACCUUCAACUAGUAUUGGUGUCAUUGGCUAUACAAAUGCAGCUCCAAUAGGUAGUAUGAAAACGACUUACACUGCAUUACGAUUCGAUCGUAAAGAACCAUUGAUAUAUCAUUCAAUAAAUGGAAAUAUAGAAAUACCAAUUACAUUAGUAGAUAUUCAAGGUCAUGAUAAAAAUAGAACAUCCGAUAAUAAUAUGAUUGAAGCUGGGAAUUAUCAUAAUGAAAUUAGAAAGGCAAAUUGUGAUAUUUAUAUCUUAGUUACCGAUGAUGAUCUUCAUGAUGAACAAAAGAAUUGGAUAACUUUUAUUAAAGAAACAUUAAAACGAGAAUGUAUCUUGGUUAGAUCCAAAGUCGAUAUUCUUUAUUUAACUAAAAUACGAGAAUUGUCGGACAAUUGCUACAGUAAGAAUACUCGGGAAGAGCGUCUUCAAUAUCAUACGACGAUCAUGGAUCAAAUACGAAGUCAAAAUACGAUUCCAUCAAAUAAAAUUUAUUUAGUAUCAGCUGAUUAUCAACCAAUGAGUAUUGAUGCUGAUCUUCUAUUGUUCGAACAUUCAUUCGAUUUUGAUUCAUUACUGACCGAAUUGAGCUUCUUAGCCUCCAAUGCUCGCACUUCUCGAAUACAUCUAUUGGCUAAACAAACAGUGAACAGAGUGAUAAAUACAUGUUUUCGUCGAGGAUACGUGCUGAAUGUAAUGAAAUAUAAGAUUGCCGCUGGUUUUGCAGCAAUUAUACCUUUCGGUGAUCAAUUACCUCGAUAUUUAUCAAGAGAUAAAAUUAGAGAAGCAUUCGGUAUAAAUGAUGAUUUUGGUCAAUAUCUUCUUCAAUUUAAUCUUAUCAUUGACAAUGGUCUUUUACAAACGUCAGUAUUUCGAAAAUAUGUCAAAGUACAAGAAAUAAAAAAAGAUUCAAAGCUUGAUACAAAAGCGAUCGGAACAGCUGCUGGAUAUGCAACAGCAGUUGUCGGCACAUUUAGUGAUGAUAUCGUUCGCAUAGCUGCACCAACUGCAACAGCAUUAUCCACUGCUGGACGCAUUGCAUUAACUGCAGCAACAAUCGGUGUAGGUGUACUUAUCUCCGCAGGAGUUUGUGCAUGGUCAGCAAUUAGCAGUGGAAAACAUAUAUUUAGUUAUGUUAAUCGUGUUUCUGACGAUUGCAUUCUAGUAGUGGAUAGAAUAAUCCAGGUAAUCAUUGAACGUGAAAAAAACAAAGAAAUAAACAAUAUAUGUCCUACAGCCAUGAACGCUGAUUAA